AUGAAUCUGCAGAAUAAAUAAGUCCCUGCAGCACAGAGGCAACUCAAUUUAAAAAUGCCCAUCGUUUAAAAGCACAUCUUGAACAACAAUAACAACAAGGUUUAAAAUUAAACUCAUUAGGGAAGUCUUUAUAAUUAGUAAGCAACCAUCUAGUAAGAAGAUUUUACAGUGGCAAAUUAUGGAGCGUAUCCAAAUAACACAGGAUUAUUCUUUAGAUAAGCAGCACUGAGUCAAUUGCAAAGGGAGUAAUAAAAUCAUAGUCCUGAUCAAUAGUAGAGUCUACAAUAACAAUAGUUUUUCUCUAAUGGUUUCGAUCAUUCUGAUAGAUCAACUACUGCUAACACUGGUUUCCCUCAUUUAUCAACAAAAACCAAUGAUGUGACGGCAGUCAUCGGCAAUAUUGGAGGGAUAAGUGGUCAUAACAUAGGUUCAAAGCCUUAAGUACAAAUUACUAAUCCAGGACAGAAAGUUAGAGGCUUGUCCAAUAUAAACAGAACCUACAAAUAAAUGCAAAACGAUCUCAAUCAUGACACUAUGCAGUAGAGAAAUAACUUUUAAAUAUCGGGAGAAAUAAUAGGAGGUGGAUAAUCCUAAUUACAAUUAAAAGGAGGAUCUAAUUACCUUAAUUUUGAGAAGCACAAAAAUCUAGAUAAAAACUCUUUCUCUUAAAAUCCAAACAGCAACACUAUCAAUAACUAGCAACAAAAUAAUCAAUCAUAGACUUUACAAUAGCAGCAUCUAAAUCAAUUGACUUUAGGCAACAAUCCAAACAAUAAUCUAAGUAGUAUUCAUCAUCUUGGGAUAAAUCAGAUAGGCUAAUAGCAUUCAGAAGACAAUUAAUCUCCUAAAUAAAUUCAAAUUUAGCGCCAAAGAUUUCAUGAGUUUUUUAACAGCAACAAGCAAGGCUAGUCGUCAUAACUUCAAAGCUUAAACUAAAAUAACAUCUAAAAUGUUCUGAAUGAAUCUUAAGAAAAUGCAGUGACAAUAAGAGAUAUUAAGAUUCGCAAAAUGAAUCCUUAAUAAAAGAUUUAAAAACCUAGUAAUCUUAGAUUUUAGACUGCUCAACUUAUCCUUGAUAACUAGAAUAGCAGCAAUAAUAACUAGCAACCUUCUAAUAAUUAGAACAAUUUAAAUACCUCAUCUAUCACAUAAAAUCCAACAAGUGGCGCAAAUGCUAGCAAUAAUAUCAAUAAUAAUACUCACAAUCUUUCAACUAUAAAUAUAUCUCAAUAGAAUCAAAAUCUUGGUUAAAUAUCAACAAAAUAGUAAAUAUAGCAUCACCAAUAACUCCAAUAACAAAAUUAACUUUAAUAAGAUCUAAAGAAAAAUGAUUCAUUUUCUAUUGAACCAUUCGCAAAAAGACUGGAGUAAAAUUUAAAUGAAGAAAGUGAAAAUGAAAACACUUAAUAGAAAAGAGAUUCCUUCUCACAUGUUAAGCGAUCCUUCGUUGAUAAAGAUUAAAUUAUCAUGAAGACUCUAAAUCUUGAAGAGAGAAAAAGACUUAUCAAAUAACAUUAGUAGACCAAAUAAAAGAUAAAGGAAGAUGAAUUCAAACAAGUAAAUAACAAUAGCAAGAAUGAUAUAAACAGAUAAAGGGAUAGAUAUCAGUUGGCUAACCCUAAUGAAUAGUAUGUAUCUUAGGAUAUUAAUCUCGACACAAUUGAGGAAGAGGCUUUAAAUAGUGAAAUUAGAAGCUAAAUCUCCAAAAUUAGACAUAAAACACUUGACAGAAGUAAAAUUGUUUCUUAAAGUGUUACUACUCUUUCUAGUGGGAAUAAAUAUAAAGAAAAGAAUAUAGGACUAGCUAAAUAAAAUUUCAUGUAGAAAAGCACCGAAAGUCCUCUAAUGGGUCAGUUUAAAAAAGCUAUGUAUUAAUCUGAAGCAUUUAAAGUCAUAUUCAAAAAGAUUAAGGAUGGCAUAGUUAUAAAAAACACCCCAGAGUACGAUAAAUUAAUUGAGAGUCUAUCUAAGAUUUCAGGCUUAGCUCCCAUCGAUAUUGAAAAUUGCUUUGAAAUUUCAAAGCAAUAAAUAUAUGCUGAAAAAUUUCAAAACCCAUAUUUAAAAAGAUCAUCGAGCAGUUAAGAGUCAAUUGAAGAGAAUAUACCUUCAGUUAGCUUAAACCACUCAUUUUCUUAGAUAAAUGCUGGUUUAAUAGCAAAGUCAGGUGAGCUAAACUCUGCAUUACCAAGUAGUGGGAGUAGUGUUUUUAAUCAGCAUAUUGGCCUUGGGAAAGUAAUUAACGGUAGUGGUGGAAUGGGCGGAUCCAUAAAAUUAUAAAAAAGAGUAAGUUAAGAAGAUUUGUCUUCUGGGAACAAAAAUCAUUAUCAUUAUGAGACUCGAUCAAAUGGUAACGCAUCUGAAAAGCGAUCAUAAUUUUCAAAAAUGUCGAGCAAAAGUAAAAACGGAAUCAGUGAAAAAGGAGAUAGCUCUAAUAAUGUGGCUAAAGAUGUCAACUCUAGAAGGAGAUUACAAAUUAUGCAAUCCUCUGGAUCACAUUAGUCUAAUGAUUUAUUGGUAUACAAAAUAAACAUAAAUGGAAGUGGUAGCGGCAGUCACGAAACAAGUAAAAAGCUGAAAGAGGAUUCUGAAAAGCACACUAAAUCAGAUGAAUAUAAAAAGGAAUUGAAUUAAGCUAAUAAAUUACAGAUAAAUAAUAAUUAGAUUCAACCUAGAGGCUUAUCCUUGGAAUAAAUAAGAUAAAGAAACUAGUCGAUUUAGCCAGCCAUUAGUGAUGUUCUUAAUAUUUAAAAGGCACCUAUGGCAGAAAAACCUCCUGUUCUAAUUUAAGGACAGCUUGUUAAAUGGAAGGAAUUGAAAAAAAUAGGUUAGGGUACUUAAGGAGAAGUGUUCAUUGCAUAAAAUGUUAAAAAUUUCAACUUUUUCGUAGUAAAAAAGCUUUCUUUAUUCUCAGUAAAUUCAGGUGUUGACAAAGAAGCACUUAUGAAACUUAAAAAAGAGAUUGAAGUGUAUAGAAAACUAGAACACUAGCAUAUUAUCAAAUAUAUUGGAAGCGAACUUGUUAGCAACCAAUUUUGUAUUUAUCUUGAGUACAUGUCGAGUGGAAGUUUGCAAUAAAUAUACCAAAAUUACGGAAAUAUAUAGGAAGAUACAAUUAAAGCUUACACGAGAUAGAUCUUAGAAGGUCUAAAUUAUUUGCAUUAAAAUAAAGUUAUUCAUUGUGACCUCAAAGGAGCCAAUGUAUUGGUGGACCAUAAUGGAGUAGUAAAGUUAUCAGAUUUCGGCUGUGCAAAGCUUUUCGAAAGCUCCUUUAGUAUGUCAGACUUCAACGGAGCUAUAAGAGGCUCACUUCCUUGGAUGGCUCCUGAAGUUGUGACUAAUAAAGGCAUUCGUAGGAAAGCUGAUAUAUGGUCGUUAGGGUGUCUGAUGAUUGAACUAGCAGUUGGAGGUAAUCCCUGGGGAAGCCAGCUAUCUUCAAAUAAUUUUCAAGCUAUUUUUAAGAUAGCAGACCCCACAAGCAGUCCCACUAUACCUGAUGAUCUUAGUGACGACUGCAAAGAUUUCAUUAGGCUUUGUUUAGUAAGGGAAUACGAAAAAAGACCAACUGCUGCCGAGCUUUUAAAUCAUACUUGGCUAACUUAUUGA